GACCUUGCUGUUUUUACGAGAAAAUUUAAUAAAAGCUAUGAUAAUUGCUUUGAAUACAAAAUGAAUGACAAGAGAAUUUGCCGCCUAUGCCUUAACAUAAUAAUUACAUUAAGACACGAUGUGUCUAAAACAGGAAUUCGGGAAAUGUUGGUUAUCAUAUUCCCUCAAAUGAAUACAAAUCUUACAGAAACGAUUGACGUCUGCCAGGAAUGUCUUAAUAGUUUACAUUUCGCAGUAAGAGUUAGAGAAAGUUAUUUGACUAAGAUACAAGCUGGCCUUGAGAAGACUCUUGAUAGUUUUCCACAUUGUCAGAUUUGCUUUGAGAGUGAAUCAGAUUUUAAACCAUUAUUGCAUAAAAUAAAUCAUUCUGAAAUGGUUUUGAGACACUGCCUUAAAGUCGCUUUACCUGAACAUAGACAUCAUGACAUAACAAUAUGCGCUAUCUGUUGGUCUUGGAUGAAGUCAAUUUGUUCCUUUAAAAGUCGAUAUUUUAAAAUAGAGGAAUACUUAAAUUGGUACAGUCUAAGACAGAAUAAUAAAACUUUGAGUAAUGAGGAUAUAGAAAAUAUAUUACGUGAAAAAUAUCAGCGAUUUAUUGCUACAAAUUUUGAGUAUGAUUCUCAUAGAGUAAAACAAAUUACAGUAGAUCCUACAAAAAAUAAAGAUUGUGUUACAGAUAAAAAAUAUAUUUUAUACUCAAGUGACCAAUCAACUAAAGUCGAUAUUCCUACAAAACUUCCAAUAAGUUUUUACAAGGAAUACUUUAAAGAAAAAGGAGAAGUAUUUUCAAAUCAGGGAAUUGAAAAAGCAGAAGUAGUCUCAAAUUUUGUGCGAUUUUUUCCCAAUAAUAACAAGUCUUUAUCAUGUUAUGACAUUGAUGAUGAAUUCGACGAAUUUAAAGAGAAGGAAAAUAAUGAUUAUGGCGUUAUUACUAUAGAAGAUGACAGCUUUAGUGAGCCAACAAAUGUAACACCUAUUACUGCUAAAGAUUCUACUGUAAAAACGAAUAAAAUCAAUGAUAACUUAAAUCACAUUAGAUCUGAUCAUAUAAUCAGUUCCACCGAAAGAGAGUUGCCAAAAAAUGAUGGCGAUGAUGAUGAUGGUUUUCAAAAUAGAGUCAUUAUAUAUUGUGAAAGUACCCAAUUUAUUGAAUUAGCAAGAAAUAUGAGGAAUAACCAAGAUAGUAUUGAGCGUGCUAAUAAUAAUAAAGGGAGUACUUGUUCACCCUCGCAACUUAAUUCUACUGUAAUUACUCAUAAAAUACCAGAUAAAGAAUCUUUAGCACCAAUAUUAUCAAAAAAUAAAUCUACUUCCAUGAAUAAUGUAAGCAUAGAAGAAACUUCUUUAACAUAUAAAAGUAUUUCAUCGAACAAUGAUAUUUACGAAAAUAGACUGAUUAUUAAUGAACCUAAUGAAGUGGAGUAUGAGGAAGAAUGUUUUUCCAUUGAAGAAGAAAGUUGCUAUGAGAUGGUCAGUGAAAAAAAUGAUGUUAUCGACCUUACUAAUGCCGAGGACGAUUUUGAUGACCUGCCAAAUACUGAGAGUGAAAGGAAUGUCUUAAAUUUAACGGAUAUGGAAGUUCAUAAAAGCAUCUGUUGGGCUUGCUACAAAUGCAAAGCGAUGUUUUUCAAAAAAUCGUCGAUCAAGCAACAUUUGUUAAAUCAUGAUAAUCCGUGGAACAAAUAUGGAAGAUUUAAAUGCCAUCUUUGUCCGUUUGUGUCAAAUUGGAAAGCGUCUGUAACCCGACAUCAGGUUUUUCACACAAAAGAAAGCGAUAGACACUUUUCGAACAUGAGGCUAACAUACCUUUGCCCCUACUGUUACAUCAUUUAUCUCAAUAAAGAAAAUGUAGAGGCGCAUGUUUCAGAACAUGUAAUUUCUUGGAAUAAAUUUCAGUGUUUAGAGUGUAUGUUUUCUACCAAUUUAGGAGGAACGCUUAGACGCCACUACAGGGUGCAUCAUUGCCAAAAAACGGAUCCAAAUUUUCUCCCACGCCAGAGGAAAGAAGCACUUUUUUCUGAUUCUCAUAAUUUUUGUUGAUAUUGUUUUUUUUUAUUUUGUCAUUUAUUUCAGAAUAAAUAGUUAUUUUUUAAGAAAAUUAAUUUUGUUAAUAAAUAUUGAUUUUUUCAAAUAA